AUGUCAUGGCUUGAAUUUACUUGUUCAGGUUCCUACUCCGGUGAGAUCGAUCAUACUGGUUUUCUUUCGGACAAUAUAGGGUCCCUGUUUUUGAAUCCAAACUUCUCUGAUGUAAUAUUUGCGGUUGACGGAGAGAAAUUUCCUGCUCAUAAAGUUCUUUUGGCUGCUCGUAGUGACUACUUCAGGCAAGAAAUAGCUAUGCUUUAUGGAGGAAUGAAAGAAAGUGAUGAAGGCGAAAUCGUUCUCGAGGAGACUAACGUAUUUGCAUUUCGUAUUCUUUUGAGGUAUAUUUAUACCGCUAAGCUUACCUUGCUUGAGUAUAAGGAAGAACAAAUUAUGGAUAUUCUCGGUCUCGCUCAUAAAUACGGUUUCGUGAAGCUUCAAAAUGCAAUCGCCGACUAUUUAAAGGGCUUUCUGCAAUUAUCAAUCAAUGCAGUGACGCAACUAAUAGCUCGCGAUUCAUUUUGCGCUUCUGAAAUCGAUAUCUUCUGUGCGAUACGCGAAUGGGUGAAGGCACGGCCAGAAAUGCAGGCGGCUGCUGUAGAGAUGCUUAUGAAAUGUCUACGACUUUCACUUAUCAGCCAGAGAGACCUUCUGAACAUAGUGAGGCCAUCGGGUCUUUUCGCACCUGAUACAAUUUUAGAUGCUAUUGAGGAACAGGACAAGAAACGCACUACUGAUCUUACUUAUCGUGGUUUCUUGACCCCUAAUACGAACAUUGCUACUGCUCAGUUGGGUGCUGUGGUUAUCGCUGGUGAAGCUCCGAACGUGCUUUUGAGUGAAGCAGGAGGUAUUCCCCAAGAUGGAGAUCGUGGACUAACUCGGCAUGCUAUUGGUGAUGAGGAAGGGAUAAUUGUACAACUGGGUCGUCCUUACAUAAUUAACAAAAUAGUGCUCCAGCUGUUUGAUCGCGAAACCAGAAUGUACUCGUAUUAUGUUGAGGUUAGUGUGGAUCGCCGUGACUGGGUACGUGUAAUCGACCACACGAAGUAUCUGUGCCGUUCUCGGCAGACGCUGUACUUUUACUCACGUGUUGUUAGGUAUAUCCGCGUUGUGGGCACUCAUAACUCGCAGUCGAAUCGAAUGUUCCACUUAGUGAGUUUGGAAGCAUUGAACUCAUCAGAUGAGUUUGCAAUCGACCCCAAGACUACUCUGCUGAUUCCUUCUACCAAUGUGGCCACCAUUGAAAACAAUGCGUUAGUCAUAGAAGGAGUAUCAAGGUGUAGAAACGCCCUCCUAAACGGGCAGAAUUCCGACUACGAUUGGGAUAAUGGUUACACGUGUCAUCAGCUGAAUAGUGGAGCCAUCACUAUUCAGUUGCCACAACCAUACCUGAUAAGUACAAUGAGGUAUCGUUUAUACUUGUUAUGA